AGGUGCUCUGCUCUUCCGUCGCAGUGACGGGAAGCAACGUGAGAACCUUUUUGUCUUUAUCUUCUCUAUAUGUUUUCGCCCGAGAUGCACGUGGCGGUGGCGGCGGCGGCGCGUGCGGCGGUCGAUAGAAACGAGGCUGCUCCACGCGAGGCCAUCGUUGUCGUCCCGAUGACGUCCGCCGUCACACCCGCUACUCCAGCUUUCCGUGCGGCGGACAACGUCACCAUUGAGGAUGCCGCGGUGCAGCCGGUGGAGAGCAUCGAGAACGUUCUCCGUCGCCUCAUCCUCCACGAGGACCGCCCCAUUGAAAACCUGCCCGAGAUGGUGUCCUCUGAGCUAAAGCUGAUCGGGCGAUGUGUGAGUCUGCGCGUGAAGCAAACGAUAGGUGGAAUCAACGCACCGUACUACUACACCGGGCUUGUGUCAAUGGUGACCGACACCGCCGUGACGCUCAUGUACGUCUGCCGCUACACCGCCGUAGAUUUCAGCUUCUACCAGACGAGAGAACGCCGCAUCGCGGAUGUUGCUUCCAGCGCCGGCUACCCACCGUUGCGGCGCAGGCGAGAACUGGACAUCGGCGACGAAGACGCGGUGCAGCGCAGUUCCACCGUGUCGCAGAAGAACGGGGGCGAUUCCGAAGGCGCCUCGUCCUCGACCGGGCGGGUGACAGAGGCAGAGGGAGGGGACGCAGUGGCCGGGCUUCACUCACGACCCGACGCCGCUGGCAGUCUCGCCCCGGCGCUGUGUCUCUCGCUGGAGCCGGCGGAAGCGUCACCGACGGCGGACACCGAGCCUGCACAUCCGCGUUCUGCCCGCCCCAAGCGCUUCCGCCUCUGCACCGAGUCGCUCGCGAUUCUCCCCUACGUGACGCUCCUCCGGGCGAACAUUGACGAGGUGGCGUUUGGCCGUGACCCCACGAGCGACUUCUAUGCCCUCUUUCACGACCCGUCGAGGCAACUGAUGGACAUGCAGUUUCUCCGCACAUUUGUGCGCCGCUACCUCGUCCACACGAGCGAGCACAACAACCCACGCCAGGUGCCCAUGUACACGUUUGUGACCGACCGUGGCGGGUGCCCAGACCUGGACCGUGGUUUGGCGAACCAACUGGUGCGCGAGGAGCUGCCGCGGCUGAUGCAGGCGGACCGCGCCAUCGCGAAGGAGAAGCGGAGGCGGCGCAACCGGGCGGCUCGUCUGCAGACCGCCGUCCAGGAAUAUCGCGCCCCACCCGGCCCUUUCGUCAACACCGGUGUUUUGUACCUCACGCAGAUUCCGCAGCAAACGUUCAUGUCGGCCUCCGUGACGCUUGUCUUUACCGCGGGCUUUGUCGUCUUCCUUCUUGUUUCCUUGUCGACGCUGCGCGACAGCCUCGUUCGGUCCUUCAUGGCCGGAUUUCUGAAGUGCUUUGUCCCCUCGAUUCUGGUGUGGACGAUGGCCGGUGUUCUCACCUUUCGGCACGCCGUCUCCAUGCGCCUGCCCGUGCAGCAGGACUUACCGCUGUUGGCUGCGCGGACGGCGUUAAGCGUUGGGGCUGCGGCGUGUGCGAUAGCGGCCAUCGCGGUGAUAACCAACAACAUGUCCAACGAGCGCAUCUACGAACACCUCUACAAACACCGCCACGGCAGUCUCUGUGCGUUCUACAAACACCACCAGUGCUCUGGGUUUUACUACCCCUGCAGCGACGCCGGUCCUACUAACCCGCUGUGCAACAGCUGUGCGAUCCACUACCCAGAACGGGAGUGUUUUGUCGACAUUUGGAGUCGCCUGCAGUUUACUACCAUGCCGCUGCUGCUCUUCUGUGUGUUCGUGCUUCUGAGCUCUGUGAAUGGGUUGAUGCUGGUCGUGAAGCUGUACCUCGUCUCACGCUCCAUGACGGCGGCCAUAAUAGCAUAA